UUAUUAUUAAUUCCACCCAAAACUAACAAAAUGGGUUGGUUUGACCAUAUUUGUGCUGAAAGUCGAUCAAAUUUUUUCUCAAGUGAGCAAGCAAAUAAAUUUCAGCGAAAAUCAAGCAAAGCUCUCAUGAGCGCAGAUGAGUGCUACAGCUUUAUAAAGAAGAAUACUAAGCCUAGAGAAUUAAUACAGCAAGAGGAACUAUGGAAAAUUCCCAUACUUCUUGUCUGUUUAGGCUGCAUUAUGGUCAUAUUGUUCGCGUUUUGCUUCACUUUUCAGUGCUUGGUAAGAAGGGUACAGCACGCAAGACUGCCCAACCAGUUUGAAUUUGACAUUUGCCAAGUUGAAAUGUCGAAAAUUAAAUCACCCGUGCACAGAGCUAGCCAAAGCGAACCACCAAUACCACCAGAUGAUACUUGCUGUUCCUGUUUGAAAGUCAAGUAA